AUGAUGCCAAGCAACUGCAGCUGCCACAACAGCAACUCCGACAACUAUAGUACCCACAACUGCAACUCCCACAACUACAACCCCCACGGUUGUAGCUCCUACAACCGCAGCUCCCACUACUGCAGCUCCCACUACUGCAGCACCGACUACUAUAGGACCACCAACUACAAGUCCAACAACGGCAGCCCCCACAACGGCAGCCCCCACUACUGUAGCCCCCACUACUGCAGCUCCUGUGACUGCAGCUCCCACUACUGCAGCUACCGCAACUGCAGCCCCUACGACUGCACCCCCUACGACUGCAGCCCCCACAACUUCAGCCCUCACAACUGCAGCCCCUACAACUGCGCCCCCCACAACUGCAGCCCCUACAACUGCAGCCCCCAAUACUGCAGCCCCCACAACUGCAGCCCCUACGACUGCACCCCCCACGACUGUGGUCCCUACGACUGCAGCCCCUACAACUAUAACACCACCAACUGCGAGUCCAACAACGGCAGCCCCCACAACGGCAGCCCCCACAACUGCACCCCCUACAACGGCAGCCCCUACAAUUGCGCCCCUCACAACUGCAGCCCCUACAACUGCACCUCCUACAACUGCAGCCCCUGCAACUGCACCCCCCACAACUGCAGCCCCUACGACUGCACCCCCCACAACUGCAGCCCCCACAACUGCAGCCCCUACAACUGCGCCCCUCACAACUGCAGCCCCUACAACUGCACCUCCUACAACUGCAGCCCCUACAACUGCACCCCCCACUACUACACCCCCCACAACUGCAGCCCCUACGACUGCACCCCCUACGACUGCACCCCCUACAACUGCAGCCCCUACAACUGCAGCCGCCACAACUGCAGCCCUCACAACUGCAGCCCCUACAACUGCACCCCCCACUACUGCAGCCCCUACGACUGCACCCCCCACAACUGCAUCCCCUACAACCGCAGCCGCCACAACUGCAGCCCCCACAACUGCACCCCCUACAAUUGCACCUCCUACAACUGCAACCCCUACAACUGCACCUCCUACAACUGCACCUCCUACAACUGCAGCCCCUACAACUGCAGCCCCCACAACCGCACCUCCUACAACUGCAGCCCCUACAACUGCAGCCCCUACGACUGCACCCCCCACAACUGCAGCCCCUACAACUGCAGCCCUUACGACUGCACCCCCCACAACUGCAGUCCCUACAACCGCAGCCGCCACAACUGCAGCCCUCACAACUGCAGCCCCUACAACUGCACCCCACACUACUGCAGCCCCUACGACUGCACCCCCCACAACUGCAGUCCCUACAACCGCAGCCGCCACAACUGCAGCCCUCACAACUGCAGCCCCUACAACUGCAGCCCCCACUACUGCUGCCCCUACAACUGUAGCCCCCACAACUGCAGUCCCUACAACCGCAGCCGCCACAACUGCAGCCCUCACAACUGCAGCCCCUACGACUGCACCCCCCACAACUGCAGCCCCUACAAGUGCAGCCCCCAAUACUGCAGCCCCCACAACUGCAGCACCUACGACUGCACCCCCCACAACUGCAGCCCCCACAACUGCACCCCCUACAACUGCAGCCCCCACAACUGCAGCCCCUACAACUGCGCCCCUCACAACUGCAGCCCCUACAACUGCACCUCCUACAACUGCAGCCCCUACAACUGCACCCCCCACUACUACACCCCCCACAACUGCAGCCCCUACGACUGCACCCCCCACAACUGCAGCCCCUACAACUGCAGCCGCCACAACUGCAGCCCUCACAACCGCAGCCCCUACAACUGCACCCCCCACUACUGCAGCCCCUACGACUGCACCCCCCACAACUGCAGCCCCUACAACCGCAGCCGCCACAACUGCAGCCCCCACAACUGCACCCCCUACAAUUGCACCUCCUACAACUGCAGCCCCUACAACUGCACCUCCUACAACUGCACCUCCUACAACUGCAGCCCCUACAACUGCACCUCCUACAACUGCAGCCCCUACAACUGCAGCCCCUACGACUGCACCCCCCACAACUGCAGCCCCUACAACUGCAGCCCCUACGACUGCACCCCCCACAACUGCAGUCCCUACAACCGCAGCCGCCACAACUGCAGCCCUCACAACUGCAGCCCCUACAACUGCACCCCACACUACUGCAGCCCCUACGACUGCACCCCCCACAACUGCAGUCCCUACAACCGCAGCCGCCACAACUGCAGCCCUCACAACUGCAGCCCCUACAACUGCAGCCCCCACUACUGCUGCCCCUACAACUGUAGCCCCCACAACUGCAGUCCCUACAACCGCAGCCGCCACAACUACACCCCCCACUACUGCAGCUCCGACAACUACAGCCCCCACUACUGCUGCCCCCACAACUGUACCCCCCACAACUACAGCCCCCACAACUGCAGCCCCCACUACUGCAGCUCCUACAACAGCAGCCCCCACUACUGUAGCCCCCACUACUGCAGCUCCUACGACUGCAUCUCCCACAACUGCACCCCCCACAACUACACCCCCCACUACUGUAGCCCCCACUACUGCAGCUGCUACGACUGCAUCUCCCACAACUGCACCCCCCACAACUACACCCCCCACUACUGUAGCCCCCACUACUGCAGCCCUUACAACUGCACCCCCCACAACUGCAGCCCCCACAACUGCACCCCCCACAACUGCAGCCCUCACGACUGCACCCCCCACAACUGCAGCCCCUACAACUGCACCCCCCACAACUGCAGCCCCCACAAAUGCAACCCCUACAACUGCAGCCCCUACAACUGCACCCCCCACAGCUGCAGCCCCCACAAAUGCAACCCCUACAAAUGCAAUCGCUACAACUGCACCCCCCACGACUGCAGCUCCCACAAAUGCAGCCCCCACAACGCCAGAAGAUCCCAGGGUUUUGUCACUGGCAUACCUACAGAUGAGGAUAACUACUGUUGGGGAGGUCAGCAAUGGAACUAUUGUUGAAAUUGUUAAACAGUUAUUUUUAGAACGGCUCCCGAGUGGAACAGCCCACACAGUUACCGUGACAAACCUCCAACGGGUUCAAGUGUCCCCCUAAAAGCUUCAUGUAGAUUUAUAACGACAGAACUGAACCAUUUCAUCACAUCAGGAAAGAGUCUUUGAUUUGUUUGUAGUGUUUUCAGCUUGUGCAAAACAUAUGAAUUUUCAUUGUACUCCAAUAUGUUGUUCAAAAUCAACAGAAGUACCUGGGUUAAUCUAAAUUCCAAGAGACGGUGUGACGUCAAAGGCUUCGAUUUUAGGCUCACAACCCCCUCUUAUGUUUGUAUAUGAUCUUUUUUGUCAAAGUAAAUCUGAUUAAAAAACUAUUUUAUCUCUCUCUAUACCUCAAUAACCAUUUUCACUUUUAACCAAACAAUAUGCUUGUGUGUGAGUAAUUUCCUGGAAUAUGAAAGGUGAGAUAGUGUAUUAGGCUCAAGUGUCACAUAAAUUGCACAGUACAAUAGAAACUGAAACCAGCCAUCUGAAUUGUCAAAGACGUUUUAAGAGGUGUUAAUAAAUUCUCAUGCCCUGAAAUUAAAGGAGCACCUGCCAUGUUGACAAGGCUGGUAACCACGAGACUAAACCAGUUUAAAAAUAUUAUGACUCCUCCUUUUAACCAUGCACACAUAGCCCUGUAACAGUGUUUGACAAUUAUGCACCAAAUGAAUGGCCUGUUGAACAGAAGUUACAAAAUGUAAUAAAAUGUUAUUUUUAUUGAA